AUGGGCAAAAAAGGUAAAGCAUGCAGGAACAGCGACCUGUUGACAGACUUUGACUUUCUGAGGAUUGCUAAUUAUAAAGAUUUCUUAAGCGAAAGAUCGUCACCCGAAAAUAUUGGAGGCGCACGUUUGGUUGCAGAACUUUUACAACAAGAACUGGCACGCGAUUUCAAGCUUUCUGCAAGUAAUGUCGGGAUACAAUUUGUGCCCCGACACGAGUUUCCGUUUACCAAGCACACGGUUACUACUGGCAUUGGAAACGUUACCAUUGACUACGAGGACGCACGCGAACAGCACACGCAGAUCAAGGAACGUCAGCGACAGUUUGCGAAAGAAAUUGAGAAAGCAAAGAUCGAAAUGGAAAAUAUUCGGCUGGUUGAACAAGUCUGGUUCGAUGAUUACGUCAACGGCAAAUACGUAAACGACCUUACGUUAAACCGUCCGUUUGCAAACAACGAUAUAACUCCGUCAGACGGUGACUCCAUUGACGAAGAAGUUGAAAGUAAAGAGGUUAAUGAGAACAAAAAUGACUUAGCAUUGAUGGAAGCAGGGACGGUGAGCGAUGCUGAGUCACGUACCAAUGGUUAUCGUGUGACCAAUGAGGUCAGUCAUGCUGCUGAUGGAAGUACAUGUGCAGAGGCUGAAAGCGUCCAUUAUUUCAUUCAACAUAAAGACGUUAUUUACAAACUGCAGCAACACAAGGAGACCAUGGAAGGACAAUCUGCUUGUCUGCCUAACGUUAACAUUUGACUUAUUUUCGUGGAUAGUAUUUUAGACUACAUGAUUAUUGAAUUAACUGUAUACUUUGACUGCUUGCACAACACAAGUUACCAGUGAAUAAUGUACUUGUUGUUUCCUAUAUUUAAUGUUGCUGACAAUGAUUAUGUAAAAGAAUCAAACACUUUAAUAACAAAAUACAUUUAAGUAUUGACAACAGGACAAUUAGCCUUUUUUGUCCAUGUUUGGUGAGUUGUAUACUUGCAUUUCAAUCAUAUUACAAAACACUCUGCAUAAGACGAGCAAAUAAAC